GGACUGCUUGGUCGGAGAAAGCGAUUGAUCCGGAGGCGCCUCUUUGUACCUGGGUAAGAUGUGCCGGUGGGGUAACAAUCUGGGGUGCAAAAGGUAGGAUCUUUUGCAGGUUUCUCUUCUGUUGUGUCAGAACCAUCACUAAAAAAAUAUUGUAAAGAUUCCCUGUGUCAGCCAUGAUAAAGGACAAAGAAGCAUUUCAGAGGCUCAGCUUCCUCUACCAGGCAGCGCAUUGCAUCCUUCGGCAGAACCCAGAGAACCAGGAACUGGCUCGCUUUUAUUGCCACACGCAGAACAGCAUCAGCCGGCGGCUUGUGUUAAGACAGGAUCCAUCUGUGAAAAGAACCAUCUGCAAAUCUUGCUUCUCCCCUCUCAUCCCUGGAGUCAGCUCCACAGUGCGCCAGAGAAAGCGCCGCCAUCAGCGGUGGACCGUUGUGCGUUGUCUCACUUGUGGCCUCACCAAGCGUUUCCUCAGCAACCCCGACUACAAGUUGUGGUCGGAGCAACCUGAGGCAUUCCUGGAGAAGCAGAUGCCCCCUAGUGAAGGAGCAAAAGCUUCAGGCCCGACCCACAGCUCAGUGCAACAGCCCCCCAAGGCCUCCCGAGCUGAAAAGGCAACACCACCUGCAAGUUAUGGACCUCACAGCCAUGCCUCUGAGGAGACGACAGCAGGCACCAAAUCCAAAGGGAAGAAGGGGAAACGAACUCUUCCCAGUCAGGCAGGCAACUGUGGCUUGGUAGCAAACGCAUAAGCCCCCAAGUCGGGGCAGAAGAGUCAAAUGUGGUUAAUAUGAUUAUUGGCCGUGGAGAUAGGACCCUGGAUUGUUUGGAAACUAAAACCUAGUGGGACUUGAAUGGCUCAGGUGAUUUGAGUUCAGUGAUAACGGCCCUCUUUUAUAGCGCAACUAACUUUGAGGCACCAGUAAGAGAUGGGCUGCCGCCCAUAGCGGCCUAGUGAAUAGCACGGCCUGCAUUUCUUUUCUCCCACCAUCUCCAUAACUUGAGGUUCAUUUUCCACCUGGAGGGGUGUCUGCACUUAGGAGCUGUUGGAGACCAGGAGAUUUUGGUGAACUCCUUCCCACUGGAACUUCCCAUCCAAUCUCAUGUACAACGCUAUGUGAAAUAAUAAUAAUAAUAAUAAUAAUAAUAAUAAUAAUAAUAAUAAUAAUAAUAAUACCACCACAUUUAUUGUCAUUGUACAACCUAUAUACAAUGAAAUUAAGUGAGCCUCCCUCUCCCCCCAAAAAAACACUCAAUCUCUUGGAAAUAACUUGGAAAUAAAAUUUUGUUUCAACAGGAUCAUUCUUGUGUUGUGUUCUGAGUCAUGCAGAGUAAUACAGCGGCUUCACCCUCAAAAGACCUAGUGAUGAAGUAGGCUCCACACAUAAGACUUUAAAGAUGGCUCUUUAAUUGCAGGAUGGCAACUAUGACCAGCAGUAUUAUAUAUUAAGUCCAGUGCAAUGGGUUUCACUCUCUUGAGCCCAAGAGAGGGUCUUCUUGCUUCUAAAACUGCUUUGAAGCAGCCCGUAAAUUAUACCUUCUGGAGCGACUCUCCGAACUAGGGGGUGGGUGGCACUGCUUUGUGGUGGUUCCAGUCCUACUUGGAUGGUCGUCCCCAGAGGGUGUUGCUUGGGGAAUGCUUUUCAGCCCCAUGGAACCUUCAAUUUGGGGUUCCGCAGGGCUCAAUCCUAUCCCCGAUGUUGUUUAACAUCUACAUGACAUCACUGGGUGGGGUUAUCAGGAGGUUUGGAGUACAUUGUCAGCAGCAUACCUGCCAAGUUGCUGUCGGAGAAAUAAGGGACCGGGCCGGAAGUAGCAGGCCGGAAGUAGCGCUGCCACCAUUUUGGAACUGGGUGGAGCAUG